AACAUUCGAGCGAUGUGGACAGCGAAAUCAGAGCGUAUGGGGUCGGAGGACGAAGAAAGGAAUCGAUUUCUAUGAAGCUGAAAAACUACAUCCGUUCGCAGUUUCAACCUGACGCCAUAUCGGAAAUCCGAUGCGGAUUGAUUUGUCUUACUUCGUCGAUUUAUCUAGAGAAUUGAUGCACUAAUUAUCCAGAAAGAAACAUCACAGACUAGACCAUUUCAAACGGAUUUCGUGACUCGGAGUUUUCAUUGAACUGUCAUCACCGUAAGCUGUCGAAGAUCGUCGCACUUGCGCGCUGAGAAAGCGACGUGCGACACGCUUUCCCAAGAACCCUUCGAUGCUUCAGUGUGACAUCGGCGCGUCCGCAGCACCAGUAAUAGUAGCACCAGCAGCAACAGCAGCCAACGGCGUAUCUCUUGCGCAGCAUCCACAACUGCAUUGUGAUUCAUUCUCGCUCUCUCAUCCCUUUGCGUGCGUGAGCGGAGCUCCUCGUCGGGAAGCGUGUCUCGGAAUGCGUCGCGCAGAUCAGUGGUAGUGAAAUUGAAUCCCGAUAAUCCCAUCCCGCCGCCAAUAUAUCAAGGGCAGGCAGAGCAGGAAGUGUUGUGCGCGCUUGCUGGCCGAUGAAGGCGCGUAAGAGUCGCGAUAAAACCAUUGAUACUUGGACCAGUCGAUCGACUACUCAGCGGAGAGCGUCGUUGACAAGUGGAGCGACAGCCGGGGGUGAUAACUGCCGAAUGCAGCACCAAGAAGGAGAACUUGAAGGACUCGGGGACGUUUUAGGGAGCUCCGGGGGUGCCGUAGCUCUCGGUGGUCGACAUAAGCCGGAGGAGCUCGCCACUCUCGCGGCUACUACCAGGUUCUCGCGGAAGGAGAUCCAGCUGAUCUACCGAGGCUUCAAGCAGGAAUGCCCGAGCGGCCUGGUUGACGAGGAUGCUUUCAAGCAAAUCUUUUCACAGUUCUUUCCGCAGGGAGACGCAAGUCAGUAUGCUCAUUAUGUUUUCAACACCAUGAAGAGAAAACCAUCGGGCAAGAUAAGUUUCGAGGAAUUCCUCACUAUACUGUCGAAGGUAUCGAGGGGAUCGGUGGAAGAGAAACUACAGUGGGUGUUCGGACUGUACGAUUUGGACGGCGAUGGUCUGAUAAGUAAAGAGGAAAUGCUGGAUGUCGUAGGGUCCAUCUACGAGAUGUUGGGUCGUUAUACGCAACCGCAAAUUCUCGAGCCACACGUGGCCGCUCGCGAACACGUCGAUCGCAUUUUCCAUUUGAUGGACGCGAAUAAGGACGGCGUAGUGACCAUCGAAGAGUUGGUGCAAUGGUGUUCCAAGGACGAACAACUGUUACGAAGUCUCGACACUCUGGACACCGUAUUAUGAGAUCUUAAUUUAUUAUCGUAAAUUCCAAUAUCGGAUUAUCAAUUACGCUUUGAGCAAUGAUUAUGAGGCACGCCAAGUAUCGUGAAUCUUUCCAUCGAUUUAUCCGUCUCUCUUCUCGCAAAUAAUACGCUAUGCAAAUUAUCAAGGAUCAUAAAUAAUUGCGCGUACGAAAAACGAUAAAAAUUGAUUGAAGACGUUUGAAGAAUCUUAAGAAGAAAAUGAAAAUUGAUCUAAAUUCUUCGCGAAUCGAACUUAUAAUUUACAGGUAAAAUGCAAUAAUUUAAGAUAUCGUUUGUUGCAAAGAAAACUUAAAUCAGAAUCGGAGUGUUAUUGUUCGAGACAUUGUCUUUAAGAAAAGACGCUGAAGAACCCUUUCGCACGUGUCUUUUGUAAAUAUGUAUGUAUCCAAUUUACACACAUCUACCCAGUCUUUCAUAUACAACACUUCCAAUAUGUCACUCAAUGAUAGAUCUGAAAGACCGACAAUUUAAAUUGCCUUUGAAAUUUCUUGAAGCUUCACAGCUUUGGAAAUUUAAGAAAAAA